GGGCGCCGGAAGCGGUUCAGCGGAGCUUCCGGCCGAGCAGGGUCACGUGACGCGGGAGGGAGGGGGCCGGGAGUCCGGACUGGGGCGGCCCGACUGAGGCCCGGCAGCGGCGCUGCUGCUGAGGCGGCGGCGGCGGCGGCGGCGGCCUGGCGCUUGCGGACCCAGCCCGCUCAUGAGCUUGGCUUCCUCCCUUUAAGUCAUGGAUGACAAGGCUUCGGUGGGGAAAAUCAGUGUGUCUUCAGACUCGGUCUCCACUCUUAACAGCGAAGACUUUGUCUUGAUUUCCAGGCAAGGGGACGAAACGCCGUCCACCAAUAACGGCAGCGACGAUGAGAAGACGGGGCUGAAGAUUAUAGGGAAUGGGAGUGAGCAGCAGCUGCAGAAGGAGCUCGAAGACGUCCUGAUGGAUCCCCCCAUGGAAGAGCUUGCCAACGACCGGGGGCACCCGGAGGGGGAUGCCCCCCAGGCUGACGGGGAGGCUGAUGAGCCGGUCCUCCUCGAGGCCUCCGCCUCUUCCACCAUUAACCCCGUGUCCGUGGCGGGGCCCCAGAAGCCUGAGAUGAGCCUGCCGGUCAAGCUGGCCCAGGGAGAUUCCGAGGAGUCGAGCCCUUUCACUCCCGUGGCCGAUGAGGACAGUGUGGUCUUCAGCAAGCUCACCUACCUGGGCUGUGCCUCGGUCAACGCCCCCAGGAGCGAGGUGGAGGCCCUGCGGAUGAUGUCCAUCCUGCGCAGCCAGUGCCAGAUCUCCGUGCACGUCACCCUUUCGGUGCCUAACGUGUCUGAAGGAACGGUCAGGCUGCUGGAUCCUCCGACAAACGCGGAAAUUGCCAACUACCCCAUUUACAAGAUCCUCUUCUGCGUGCGGGGGCAUGACGGGACCCCGGAAAGCGACUGCUUUGCUUUCACGGAAAGCCAUUACAACUCGGAGCUCUUCAGGAUCCACGUCUUCCGGUGUGAAAUCCAAGAAGCGGUGAGCCGUAUCCUGUUGAGCUUUGCCACCGCCUUCCGCCGUUCGGCCAAACAGACGCCACUCACAGCCCCCGCCGCCCCCCAGACGCCAGACAGUGACAUUUUUACUUUCUCGGUCUCUCUGGAAAUAAAAGAAGAUGAUGGGAAAGGCUAUUUCAGUGCCGUUCCUAAAGACAAGGACAGGCAGUGCUUCAAACUGCGCCAAGGCGUCGACAAGAAGAUUGUCAUUUACGUGCAGCAGACAACCAACAAAGAGCUCGCCAUUGAAAGGUGUUUUGGCCUCCUCCUGAGCCCUGGGAAGGACGUCCAGAGCGGGGACAUGCACCUGCUGGAUCUGGAGUCUAUGGGCAAAAGUUCGGAUGGGAAGUCCUACAUCAUCACCGGGAGCUGGAACCCCAAGUCGCCCCACUUCCAGGACGUCAAUGAAGAAACGCCGAAAGACAAAGUGCUUUUCCUGACCACUGCUGUGGAUUUGGUGAUCACGGAGGUCCAGGAGCCGGUCCGCUUCCUCCUGGAGACCAAGGUCCGCGUGUGCCCCCCCAACGAGAGGCUCUUCUGGCCGUUCAGCAAGCGGAGCUCCACGGAGAACUUCUUCCUGAAGCUGAAGCAGAUAAAACAGAAGGACCGGAAGAGCAGCACGGACACCCUCUACGAGGUCGUGUGUCUGGAGAGCGAGUCGGAGAGGGAGAGGAGGAAGACCACGGCCAGCCCAGUGCUUUGCCUGCCCCAGUCCGGCUCCCAGGGCUCCAUGAUCCCGUCUCCUCCGGAGGAAGACGAAGAGGAAGAUAACGAUGAGCCUCUCUUGAGUGGCUCGGGAGACGUUUCCAAAGAGUGUGCGGAAAAGAUCCUCGAGACCUGGGGAGACCUCUUGUCCAAGUGGCACCUGAACCUGAGCGUGCGGCCCAAAACCUUGCCCACCUUGGUGAGGAGCGGCGUCCCGGAAGCUCUGCGCGGGGAGGUCUGGCAGCUGCUCGCCGGGUGCCACAACAACGACCACCUGGUGGAGAAGUACCGGAUCCUCAUCACCAAGGAGUCCCCUCAAGACAGCGCCAUCACCCGGGACAUCAACCGCACCUUCCCUGCCCACGACUACUUCAAGGACACCGGGGGCGACGGGCAGGACUCGCUCUACAAGAUAUGCAAGGCCUACUCCGUCUACGACGAAGAGAUCGGCUACUGCCAGGGCCAGUCGUUCCUCGCCGCCGUCCUGCUCCUGCACAUGCCGGAGGAGCAGGCCUUCAGUGUACUGGUCAAGAUCAUGUUUGACUAUGGACUCAGGGAGCUUUUCAAACAGAACUUUGAAGAUUUGCACUGCAAGUUCUACCAGCUGGAACGCCUCAUGCAGGAGUACAUUCCUGACCUCUACAGCCACUUCCUGGAGAUCAGCCUGGAAGCGCACAUGUACGCCUCCCAGUGGUUCCUCACCCUCUUCACAGCCAAGUUCCCUCUGUACAUGGUCUUCCAUAUCAUCGACCUCUUGCUGUGCGAGGGCAUCAGCGUGAUCUUUAACGUUGCCCUCGGGUUGCUAAAAACGACCAGGGACGACCUGCUGCUGACGGACUUUGAGGGGGCCCUGAAGUUCUUCCGGGUGCAGCUGCCCAAGAGGUACCGCUCCGAGGAGAACGCCAAGAAGCUGAUGGAGCUGGCUUGCGGCAUGAAGAUUAGCCAGAAGAAGCUGAAGAAGUACGAGCGGGAGUACCACACCAUGCGGGAGCAGCAGGCCCAGCAGGAGGACCCCCUCGAAAGAUUCGAGCGGGAGAACCGGCGCCUGCAGGAUGCCAACAUGAGGCUGGAGCAGGAGAACGACGACCUGGCCCACGAGCUGGUCACCAGCAAGAUCGCCCUGCGGAAGGACCUGGACAACGCGGAGGAGAAGGCGGACGCCCUGAACAAGGAGCUGCUGAUGACCAAGCAGAAGCUGAUAGACGCCGAGGACGAGAAGAGGCGCCUGGAGGAGGAGUCCGCGCAGCUGAAAGGUAUGUGCCGCCGGGAGCUGGACAAGGCCGAGUCGGAGAUCAAGAAGAACAGCUCCAUCAUCGGGGAUUACAAGCAGAUCUGCUCCCAACUGAGCGAGAGGCUGGAGAAGCAGCAGGCCGCCAAUAAGGCCGAAAUUGAGAAGAUCCAGCAAAAGGUGGACGAGUGUGAGCGCUGCAGGGAGCUCUUCAGCCAGGAGGGGCGCGUGAAGGUGGUCAGCACUGCCCGGGAGGGCUCCGAGGAGGAGACGGACGAGGAGAAGGAGGCCCUGAAGAACCAGUUGCGGGAGAUGGAGCUGGAGCUGGCCCAGACCAAGCUGCAGCUGGUGGAGGCGGAGUGCAAGAUCCAGGACCUGGAGCACCACUUGGGUCAGGCGCUGAGCGAGGUGCAGGCCUCCCGCAAGACCUGGUUCAACCGAACGCUGAGCUCCAUCAAGACGGCGACCGGCGUGCAAGGGAAAGAGACGUGCUGAAGGGGCGGCCCGCCUGCCCGCCCCCCUGCUGCCUUCCGUGGCCUUCCUGGCCCAGCCGCCCCGCGGGAGAGAGGACCAGAGUGUACAUAGAUUCUAGAACCACAGCGCAUGUUGGGGCUUUUCCACAGGUCAGUGGCGGCAGCCGGGCGCCCCGGGCGAGUGCCAGGCUUGUCGCGUGACGCGGGGUCUUCAUACUACUGAUUAUUUAACUGGGGGUGUAGCUGUAGACCGACCAGCAGGACGACCGACCGGCCGGCGGCUCUUCUGGAGCAAUCACUCCAUUCUACAGCCUGGCGGGAGCCUUGCGCAGGCGUAGGUACGGAAACUCACCAAAACCUCUAACCUGUUAAGUUUACAGAUGGGAGCUUUUUUUACCGUUGUAACUUUUUAAAUGUUUUAUUUGAAAGGAGAAAAAGAAAAGAAAAAAAAGAGUCCUCUUAAGAAGAAGUUACUCCAGUGCCAGAGACUAGGUUCCCUUCUCUCCCUGCAGCGGGUGCCGAUCGCGCCCCAUCCCCUUCCAGGACAGACCCCACCCACCCCCACCUGGGCGCGCCCCCUGGCCUGUGUCCCUGUGUCCGCGUCCUGCCACUCGUCAACUCUAUGCAACUCUGGGGGAGUCUGUCGUUCCUCUUUCUCUGGACAUGAAGCCCGGCUGCUUGCAGGGGAGUGCCUCGCUCUCGCAACCUCCCUCCCUGGGGUGGGAAUAAUGCUAAUCUCUCGCAGCAGGCUCCGUUUUUACACCUCGUUCUGGUUCAGAGCCAUAGAAGGCCCCCCGCGCCACUGCAGUCCCCAUGCCGGGAAACGGCUUCCUACUGUACUGACACGACUUUUUUGGGGGGGGGGGCCUCAAUUUGUAUUCCUCUCUGAGCUGCGUCUUGUUAGUUUUUGCACAUAGAUGGGGACGAGGGAAGGAAGCAGAGGCAGGGAAAGGCAGAAGCCGUGGCCGAGAGACUCCGUUGGCAUUGGGCGGGCUCUCCCCCGGCGGCGCGUUUUGGUGUCUCCGGGGCUGGGCUGUUUUUUUCCGUUGGGGUUUCCUCCCCCCAGCCCCCCCCAACUCCCCCUGCUUCGUGUAGCUGCGCCAGUAGGUACUAAACGCUGCUUGGAUUUCCGAGCGCUCGACUUGUCCGUAACUUCUCACCAGAAAAGCUGUAGAAUGGAAGUUUUUGCACCUUUUUUAUUUUAUUUAUACUGGUUUGUGCUAUGCCCAAAUAUCUAUUGUAUCAGCCGAUAACUGUGUGUGCAGCGUGUGAGUAUAAGCUGAUGACGAGGAGAGCACUGGUUUGUAUAUAAAGAUAUUUGUAUUUCUACCUUGUUUUCUUCUUCUUCUUCUUCUUCUCCUUCUCCUUUCCCUCCCUGGUUGGCCAGACUAAUGCAGCCGGAGGCGGCCAGAGGCCAGGCCAGGCCCUGCCCGGGCGCUCAUGGCCUCUCCCCACCCACCCCGCCCCUUCCUUAACUGUGUACAUGAAUUAUCUUUAUUGUUUAAUACCAAAAAAUGCUGUAACUCCAUCAACAAUAGGCGUGUGGACAUUGUAAUAGAAUAGUUGGCAGUGUGUAGAUCUUCUGGAUUGAGAUAUAGAUAUAUAGAUAUAUAUAUAAACUAGUAACAUUGUA